GUGUUUGGAGAAAGAUGAUGAAAUGGAUGUUAUCCUAACGAGAGGCCCAAACGUUACAUCAAACUCAUCUCUUCCCUACAACACCUAACGGCCUCACAUUAACCUUCAAAGGGCUCUAAUCCUAUACUCACCAACAUUCCAUGAUCAUGCAAUCAUAGAGUCAAAGUCAUCCCAAUUCAUCAAUUUCAUUGGUCAGAAAAAUAUCACCAUUUUUUUUAAACCAAUUAUCCGACUCAAAGACCGACUAACUUGGGAUCAAUCUCACCGUCCACUAGCAGAAACCAAUUAUCCGACUCAAAGACCGACUAACUUGGGAUCAAUCUCACCGUCCACUAGCGGAAACCAAUUGACACGAGAGAAUUCAAACGUAGAGAGGAGACACUUUAAGGUCCCACCGAGCCUAUGCCACCUGGCCGACACAUGAGGGUGUAACAUAUCACUACUGUACACUGCUUCACACUGAAUCAUGAAUCUAUUAUAUAUUACUAUAGUCUACUCAAAAUUCAUCAUCAUCAUCAUCAUCACCACCUUCACUCGUUAAACUAAUUAAGCUACUUGAAUGGCGAAACCAGUGUCAAUUGAAGUAUGGAAUCCAAAUGGAAAAUACAGAGUUGUGAGCACAAAAUCAAUGCCUGGAACUCGUUGGAUCAAUCUUCUCAUUCAGCAAGAUUGUCGUCUUGAAAUAUGUACUGAGAAGAAAACAAUUCUAUCGGUUGAAGAUAUCAUUGCUUUGAUUGGUGAUAAGUGUGAUGGAGUUAUUGGACAGCUGACUGAAGACUGGGGAGAAGAGUUGUUCUCUGCUUUGAGCAAAGCAGGAGGCAAAGCUUUCAGUAAUAUGGCUGUUGGUUAUAACAAUGUUGAUGUCAAUGCUGCUAACAAGUAUGGCGUUGCCGUUGGAAAUACUCCUGGAGUACUCACAGAGACUACGGCAGAGUUGGCAGCUUCACUGACUUUGGCCGCUGCUAGAAGGAUAGUUGAGGCAGAUGAAUUCAUGAGGGCAGGACUGUAUGAUGGAUGGCUACCUCAUCUAUUUGUCGGAAACUUGCUCAAGGGACAAACAGUUGGAGUUAUUGGAGCUGGCCGUAUUGGAUCAGCUUAUGCAAGAAUGAUGGUUGAAGGGUUCAAGAUGAACCUGAUAUACUUCGAUCUCUACCAAGCUACACGACUUGAAAAGUUUGUCACAGCUUAUGGUGCUUUCUUAAAGUCAAAUGGUGAAACACCGGUGACUUGGAAAAGGGCAGCAUCCAUGGAUGAGGUUCUCCAGGAGGCAGAUAUAAUUAGUCUUCAUCCUAUCUUGGAUAAAACUACUUAUCAUCUAGUCAACAAGGAAAGACUCGCCAAGAUGAAGAAGGAAGCAAUUCUUAUAAACUGCAGUAGAGGACCUGUUAUUGAUGAAGUUGCACUUGUAGAUCAUUUAAGAGAGAAUCCCAUGUUUCGUGUCGGCCUUGAUGUGUUUGAGGAUGAGCCCUAUAUGAAACCCGGGCUUGCAGAGUUGAAGAAUGCAAUUGUAGUACCACAUAUUGCAUCUGCCUCAAAGUGGACUCGUGAGGGAAUGGCGACACUUGCAGCUCUAAAUGUGCUGGGAAAGAUCAAAGGUUACCCAGUAUGGUUUGAUGCCAAUAGGGUGGAACCAUUCCUCAAUGAGAAUGCUCAACCUCCAGCUGCAAUCCCAAGCAUUGUUAAUGCAAAAGCUCUGAGUUUACCAGUUUCAAAGCUGUAGUGUGGGCGUACGAGUGUGCUUUUUAUCGUACAAGAGCCUUCAAAGCUUGUGUGUAUGCAUACUGAUGGUGGCAGUGUGAAUAUAAAACUAUAAAUACUGUCUUGUUAGUAUCAUUAUCAUGUGCUUGUAGUAUAUUUAAAAUUCUUAAUUGAACACCAAGAAUGCUUUAAAAUAAAAUAUGAGAAAAUUUUGCCACCUA